UAGAAAUGCGACAUUUGGCCUGCGAUUGCGACCACUCCACUACCCCAAUCAUGUUCUCGCCGUCAUCCUAGUCGUUGCGGAUUCAUCCUCCAUUUUUUCCGGUGGACUGAACCGCCGUGCAAAAGAAUCGUAUAUUGAUGAUUGGUCGGUCAUUCAUAACGUAACCACAACAAAUUAAAACGAACAUGCAUGCAAUAAAUACAAGAAAAUCUCCGGCGACGCCGUGGUGGCAAAGAUCGUCGUCCUGGCCGGUCAAUUCCGGCAACGCGGGUUUAGACGGUGGCGUGAUUGUCGAGAGUGGAAGAAAAGGCGGCGACAAGUUCGCCUCCUUCGGAAUCUCUUUUUUGUUCCGCCGGCGGCGGCUGAGCAGCCGUGUCAGGAAGCUCCGCCACGUUACCGACCACGACUCCGACGAGUUUGUUCCGAGUAAAUAUAGUUCGUUGGAUCAUUCACUAGCUAGGUCGUCCUCCGCCGAAACACACAGUUCAUCGGAUCUCUCUCUAGGCAGGUCGUCCUCCUCCGGAUCCCAGCCGUCACCUCUGCCGCUCCCCCCGCCGGAAGUGCAGGCUCUCCUCCGGCGAGACGCCAAUUCGUCCCCGUAUUUCGGUAAAGCCCAUCUCCCUUCGCCGACGAAGUCGCAUCCUCGCCGAGACGGAGAUAAAAGCAGGGAAACACUCGAUUCUCAUUCUGAAUCCCCCGGCGACGAAGCUCAUUUACUACAGAGAUUUUUUAACCAGGCUGCUGGAAGAACAAGAGAGAAUCAAGUAAGUCACUCCAGGAAGUCGCCGGCGCGGGAGCCUGAAAAACUCUCCGGCCCGAGUUUAGAUGCAAGCUUCUGUUACUGGUUAUCGCCGGAGAAGAAGACCGCAUCCAGCAUUGACAAUUCUCCGACUCAAAGUCCUAAUCGGAGCUCAAGAAACGCAACUGGCUCUGCAUCUCCUUUAACAAGGCGUGGAAACAAUGCUCAGGCCAACAACGUUCACCGCCUGCCACUUCCUCCCGGCGCCGCCUCCCCCUGCCGGAAACAAGACCAGAUGCCCUUAAAAGGGCAGUGGCAAAAGGGAAAGCUCAUUGGGCGUGGGACAUUUGGCAGCGUUUACAUAGCCUCCAACAGGAAAACUGGAGCAUUAUGUGCAAUGAAAGAAGUUGAAAUAUUCCCGGAUGAUCCAAAAUCUGCAGAAUGUAUAAGGCAAUUAGAGCAGGAAAUUAAAGUUCUUAGCAACCUUAAACACCCAAACAUUGUGCAGUAUUAUGGCAGUGAAAUAGUUGGUGACAGGUUUUUCAUAUAUCUUGAAUAUGUUCAUCCUGGUUCUAUCAACAAGUUCAUUCGUGAUCAUUGUGGAGCAAUUACAGAAUCUGUUGUUCGUAGCUUCACCCGUCAUAUCCUUUGUGGUUUGGCUUACUUGCAUAGCAAAAAAACCAUCCACAGAGAUAUCAAGGGGGCUAAUCUGCUUGUUGAUGCGUAUGGUGUAGUCAAGCUUGCUGAUUUCGGGAUGGCUAAACAUCUUUCUGGGCAAGCAGGGCCGCUUUCUUUGAAGGGAAGUCCAUACUGGAUGGCCCCAGAGCUUUUGCAGUCAGCUGCAGCUAGGGAUCCUAAUGCUGAUCAUGCUUUAGGUGUUGACAUAUGGAGUUUGGGUUGCACUAUAAUCGAAAUGAUGAAUGGGAAACCGCCUUGGAGCGAGAACGAAGGGGCUGCAGCCAUGUUCAAGGCUCUGAAGGAAUCUCCACCAAUACCAGAUUCACUCUCACCUGAAGGGAAAGAUUUCUUGCGGUGCUGUUUCUGUAGAAACCCGGCAGACAGGCCGACGGCUAGCAUGUUGUUAGAGCACCAGUUCAUAAAGAACUCUCAUCAGCUACAUUUUCCUCACUGUGUCCGCUCACCAAACGGCCUCAAACUAACUGAUAAUCUGCAGAUUAAGAAAGAGCAUUAUCGGUAUCAGAAACACGAGAAAGGGAAACUGUUCCCUAACACAUUGCCCUCAAAGGAACUUCGAGCAUGACAGAAUGAAUCCAAAGUGUUGUCAUUUCCUUGCCCACAAAACGUGAAAUCUCGAUCUUAAUUAGUGUUUUUUGACUGUAAAGGUUUACAUACAUGACCAGAAUCUUGAGUGGAAGACUUCCAGUUCUCCAGUUAGGAUCAGGUAUAAGCUAGCUGUGCAAAAGCUACAGCUCAUUUUUUCGCCAUGGAUCGUUUUUAUUUGUCCAGACUAAACACAAACUGGGUAGAAUUUACAAUUUACAAUAAAAGUGUAAAUGGAUAACAAUUUUUACAUGGGAACCAAAUAGGUUAAAACCAUGGAUUUUUUUUUAUUUUUUAUUUUUCUGCCCAAAAGAGUCAAAUCUCGGUUUGGGCAGUGGGUAAUUGUAAGAAAUUUGUGAGUGAGUUAUGGUAGGAAUACAUGUGAUGGAAUUUUAUUAUUCUGUAAUUCAUAUAAAUUAAACAAUUAUAUUUAUUAACAUCUUGAUUGGUC